AUGUGUCACACCAGACCACCAGACCAAGACAGGCCAGGGCCUCCCCAGCCUCCUACUGUGAAGCUUCUUGCUGUCACGCUCACCCUGGUCACACUGGCUCUCUGCUGCAGCUCUGCUUCUGCAAAGAUCUGCCCAAGCUUUCCACAAAUCCUCGAAUCCCUCUUCAGGCACACGCUCCCCCGUUUUGAGACUGUGCUGGAAAAUGUCAGCCCUAAUUGGGACAUGAGAAAUGCAGCCAUUGAGUUGCAGAAACUGGCGGACACCCUUCCCGAGAAGACCAGAGGCGACAUUUUUAGGUUGAUGGACCAGUGA